GCGCGCAACACCGCUGUCAUGAGAGCGGUCACGCUGGUGUCGGUGGCGGUGCUGGCCAGCUGCACGCAACGGGCACACGCAAAGUUCCUCCUUCCACACAAUGAAAAAUAUAAUGCGUUCCAAUCCGUGGAAUCCAUUACACGACACCUGACGUGUCGACACAUGACGUUGCUGCUGACUGACGGGCGGCAGGAGGUAGAGGCGGUGCGGGCGCCGCAGGGCGUCACUGUCUUCCACCUGGAGGGUAACAACCUAGCCGGCAACGUCACGCCGCCUCAUCUACAGACGACGGUCGAGGAAGUUCGGCAGGUUGGCGUCUGCCCGGGGAAGACUAAGACAUAUUGUCGCGUAUAUACAAUAUUCUUAUUACUUAUUCAUUUAAUAUUAUUUUGAUUCCAUUUUUAUUUAUAUACUUUUUAAGAAAAAUCUUAAUCCCAUAACCGCUACAGCUGGGAGGGGCGUGGCACUGCCUGGUGGUGGUGGUGGUGAGUGAUGACCCAGCCUUCCUCGCCGCCUUCGCUCACCUGUCACUCAGGCAUCACGCCCUCAGGUGGUCCACGAGGAUCCUUGUUCUCACUCGCCUCCCUCUCAGCCACCUUGGCGGCCUGCACGGCCUUCUCUCUAACAGGAACGCCAUGCUGCUGCACGUGCAUAAGGGCGAGGAGGGCGUCAGGUGAUGAAACUCGGCCACCGCCAAACUGCACCUGUUUAGUGAACAUUUUGGUGUUGGCCGUCAUUAUCUCUCGUCGUAAUGAGUGAAAUAAAGGUUUAUUGUAAAGCCUUUAACCUUUUUAUUCCAUAAUUUCUCUAACACAGAUCGGUCAGUCGCGUGGGCGUGUUGGUGUGGCAGCCGUACAGCGCCCCCGGCAGCACACCCCAGAGGGUGGCCACCUGGACGCCACACGGGAUGCUAACUCUCACAUCAGACAAAUCACUUUUUCCCAAUAAGUUUUAUGUGUUUGGCUCAGCCCCGACCCUCACGGUGGCCAUCGAGGUGCUGCCUCACAACAGGAUAUCGUGGCUGGAGGACCCAGACGCGCCUGGCGGUCGUCGCCUGCUUUACUCGGGAUACGUGGACAACAUCGUGAGGCACUUCGCCAAGGCGCUCAACUUCACGCCGCUGUAUGCGCUGUCGCCCGAGAGAACCUUCGGCACCAGGCUGCCUGACGGGUCCUGGACGGGCCUGAUAGGCAUGGUGGUGCGCCAGGAGGCAGACUUCGCGCCGGGCCCCUUCAUCAUCAGUCCCGUGCGGAGAGAGGCGGUGGACCAUUCAACAAUACUGCGUAAUGGAAACCUGAGGAUACUGAGCGGCCUGUCAAGACUGACGAUUGACCCGUGGGGCUUCCUGCUGCCCCUCACGCCCCUGGUGUGGGCAGUCACCCUGGCGGCGUUGCUGGGGGUGCUCCUCCUCCUGCAACUGUUUCCAUCCUGCCUGCCCGGCAGGUCGCUCCUCCACGGCGGCUGGUCUGACAACACCUUCAGCCCUGUGCGCGUCCUCCUGCAGCAAGGUGAGGCCUCGGGGACCGUGCAGGGCCCCUCCUGCUGGAGGCUGCCUUGCGUCUUGAAGGUUUCCGUGCUCUCAGGGAGCAGCAGUCGUGCCAUAAUGAAGACUAACUCUGCCUCACUCACUCCCAACGCAGACGUGGUGAGGCCUGCGGAGUGGUGGUGGUGGGAGCGUCUGGUGCUGGGGCUGUGGAUGCUGACGACGCUGGUGCUGGCCAAGAGCUACUCCGGCAACCUCAUGUCCCUGCUGGCUGUCAAGUAUCUGCCGCAGCCCUUCCAGACCCUGAGGGACAUUCUGGAUCACCCGCACGUCGCCAUGAUAGGACAAAAACAUUCUAAUUUUGAGCAAAAUCUUAGGGACGUCAAGUCAGGCUUGUUCAAGGAAGUAGCGAGUCUUGAAGGCAAAGGUCGCCUGGAGUUCCACACGCAGUCACAGUACCUGAAGAGUCUGGACAACCUGGUGAGGCGAGGACACCACGUGCUUGUUGAUGUGGACGUCAAUCUUAAAAGUCUUAUUGGCUUAGACUUCUCGCAGGAAGGUCAGUGUGACUUCUACAUAUCAAGAGACGGCUUCUUACCGUAUUCCGCUGUCAUGAUCUUCCAAAAGACGAGUCCGCUCACCCAGUCGUUCAACAAAAGGCAAGGGGUCGCAUCUUGUCAAACACAUAAUGCCUAG